AUGCUGGAUACCGACAAAGAUGGCUUUAUCAGCUUUCAAGAGUUUGUUGAAUUCGUCCACAGCACCGGGGACAAAGAGUUCCUCACCGAAGCUGACUUGGAGAAGGUGCGAGAGCUUCAAAAGCCAAGCUCAAACCAGAGAGAUGGGAGAGGGCAAGAGAAGCGCGAGGACAAAGAGUUGCAAGAAACAGAAGACGUGGCCGGCCCGGCCCGAUCAUCAAAGACGUCCGUGGCCGACCCGGAAAUGCCAAGUCUUCCGAGACGUGGUCAUUCCGGUCUGGUGUCACAAGCUGCCGCUGCUGCAGCUGCUUCUGGAUCGACGACAUCUUAUUGUUCUCCAGCCUUGUGGCUGGGCAGUGAUCGUUUAAGUCAAAGCUCCGCGCAAAUUAGCAGAACUGGGAAGUUGAUUCCAGCGCCAAAACGCUCCCAGAGACCCAAAAAACUAGUGGGAGACACCUUGGAGGUGACUUAUCAAGAACGUUUGACAGGAUUUGGGCCUGACCAAAUGCACGAGCUUGUGGAGUUGAUUGAAUCCAAACACACCCAAUUCAGUGCCCUUAGUUUGUGUACCGCAUUGCACAGAUUGGCAUCGAACCCCGCAUGCACACUUCAGCUGGAGCGGUUCAGUGGACUGGUAUCAACUUUGGAAGCUGAACUUCGCACGCGGCCAGAUCGCUUCCGUGCGCAAAGUAUUGCCAACUCUUGCUGGGCAGUGGCAAAACUUUAUUGGAAAAAGUCCGGCUUGCUCGAGGCGCUGCUCGAGACUGCAGUCAGCCGCAUUGAGGAGUUUAAAGGCCAAGAGCUGUCAUUGCUUCUUUGGAGCAUGGCUACUGGAAGCAGCAAGACCUCGCAUGUUGAAGAUGCAGCGAAUGCGAGUGUUUGCGAGUUUCUCCGCCGUGGGAGCUCGGCCUUUGAUGCACAGAGCACUGCGACAGUGGCAUAUGCAGCAGGAGCUUUGGUCUUGAGCCAUGAACCUCUGUGGGAAGUAUUGGGAACGGGUUCAGCUACUCGAGUUUCUGAAUUCAGUGAUCGCCAACUUGCAAACUUGCUCUGGGGAUUUGCGACCGUUUCUUAUACGGAUUGUGAAGUGGUAUUCCAACGAGUAGCUUCCGAUGCACCCAUUGCUACACUUGCACCAAUAGAUCUCAGCUUAGUUGCUUGGUCAUUGGCAAAGGUAUCUCACAAAGACAAACAUUUUUAUGAUCAAGUUGCAGAUGCUAUUGUGGCGAAACAGGCUGAGUGGAGACACAGCGACACCAGAAACAUUGCAACGCUGCUGUAUUCGUUAGCACUCUCUGAGCAAGCAAUCAGCCAUGAUUCUGCAUUUCGCGAGCUUGCAACUGCUGUGUGCAGUAGGGCUAGCGAAUUUAGUGUGCAAGGACUUACCAAUGCCGUUUGGGCCUAUGCAACAGCUUGUUAUACUGAGGAGCUUUGGUUCAGGAUUGUUGCCAAGGAGGUCAGCUUGAGAAAGAAAGACGAGUUUGAGCCCCUGGAUGUGGCAAACACGCUUUGGGCGUUUGCAGCAGUCCUGCACCAUGACAAUGUGAUAUCAUUUUUAACUUCCUUGGGAAAGGGCAUGAUUUGGCAAAUGUCCGGUCAGAACGUGGCAAUCGCUGUGUGGUCACUCGCUUCAUUAGAACUCCGGGGCGAGUCAUUUUUCCAUCAAGCAGCAGAUCCAUUUGUACAGAGACUAUCUGAGUGCAAAGCUCAAGAGCUGAAUAACAUGUUGUGGGCCUACGCAACUGCAUGCGUACGAUUGCCUUGGCUAUUUCUGAAGUCAGCCAAUCAUGCCCUGACACUGGGACUUACAGAGUUUAAGACACACGAGCUCUCCAUUAUGCUGUGGGCUCAUGGUACUGCAGGUGUGUGCAAUCAUACAUUCUUCAAUGAGGUCGUUGAUGAGAUUCUAGGCGGCAGGGGCAUUGAAAGCUGUGCACCCAGAGAGAUUGCCAAUGCCGCAUGGGCAUACAGUACAAUCAUAGGGCGAUGUCACCUACCCUGGAUGACUGCUGUAGCAGCUUACUCGCAGAAUCACAUUCGAGAGUUUGAUAUGCAAGGCAUCGGCAAUGUUCUUUGGUCCUUCGCCAAUGUUGCGAUUCACAGUGAAAGAUUGCUGCGCGUGGCAUGUGAGGAGACAUCCCGGCGCUGCGCAAGUGGCCAUAGAGAUGAGGCAGCGCACAAUGCGGCGCAAGUUCUGAGUGCAGUGCAGGCAACAGGCGUAACGGGUCUUGCAGAAAUAGAACUUUGCAAAGCUGCGAUUGAUCUCUUUCUUGAGAAAGGUUUCGGGAAUGUCGGAGCUCGUGAAUUCUUGAUUCUAGGCAAUGCAGCCCUAUCCUUUGCAGAUCAGCUGGAAGCUGGAUGGAAGAACCUAACUUCUGUGUUGGAGAGACACGUCUUCGAUCCUCUGGCAGAGGCGAUACUUCAUGGUGAUUGGUCCAGCGUAGAGACCUGCAUUUCACAGUUGGACAUAGAUCACUUGGGCGCUGGCUUUACAGCAGACUUCCUGAGACGAAUUGGAAUCAGCUCUGUGCAGGUUUAUCCUCGCCAUGAAGCAGGAGGCUGGGUGGAAGAAGCCGUCCAUGCAUGUGCCUUGGAACGAGAACGGGCCAUCCAAGCUGGUAUAGAAGAAGAUGCUCCUGUGGAGCAGCAAAAGCUUGUGCGACAGCUUGAUAAAGUCAACAAGCGUGAAAUUGUCGCAUGGGUUCGCUUUCAAGUGAGCUCCAGUGUUGGUGAACACAAAGAACUUGGUCGAGCUUUUGGUUGGCGACUUGAAGCAGAGAUAUCUAAACUUUCUCCCAUGAUCAUUAACCUCCUGAGGCCCAUGGUGACCAAGAGUCGUAUUGCUCCCAACAUGAUUGGCGAGCAUGAUCGUAGUGGACAUGCGGAACGCAGGCGAUAA